GACUCGGGGCUGGCUGCAUUCUCAUCAUGGUGCACCUUCCUCUUCACCCCUCCUCUUCGCACAAUUCCGAGCGAUGAACUAUGGUCUCCGCAAUCCGGUCGGCUGCCGUCCGGUUGCUGCACUGCCCGAGUCGAUCACGGCUGCUGGGUAACGCCGCACCUCGAGAAGCAGCACGAGCUUCUAUUCACACCGAUGCGGUGACUUUCGAUCACAUCACCGAGCUCGCCUCCAAACCUCUCCACCCGUUGACGCUGGCUGAUCUCGCAAAACAUGGACGACCACCGUUGUCCAAGCGAGCGCUACUCGCCUCGGCCAACUUCACGCUUUCUAUCCUCCCCGCACGACUGGCACAUCGAAUUCAGUCGCUUCGAAAUCUGCCCUUCAUCGUCGUGUCGAAUCCCCACAUCUCCAAAAUCCAUGGCAACUACGUGAGAAGCUUAACCUCCCUCCUCCCGUGGGCGGAGCGGGACAUCACCACGUUGGAAGAUGAAAUCCGUUUCACCGAGGUCAUGGCCGACCUGGUGCAGACGCACGCGGAUACCAUCAGCAUCUUAGCCCGGGGAUUCCUCGAGGCGAGAAAGUAUAUUUCACCGAAAGAGGUCACCCGUUUUCUCGACGAACAUCUGCGAGCGCGAAUCGGUACGCGCUUGAUCGCGGAACAGCACAUUGCCCUCCACAUGUCGUCCCGUCCCCACAUCGACCAACCGUCGUCCGGGACAUCGUCUCGCAGCGACUCCCCUGACUCCUCGUUCAUCGGCGUCAUCGACACGGCGCUCUGCCCCGCCUCCACCAUCCGUCACUGCGAGUCGACCGUGUCCGAUAUCUGCGAACUGAAGUACGGGGUGCGACCUAGCGUCCGGAUCAACGGAGAGCCCGGGUACACGUUUGCUCACAUCCCCGUCCACCUCGAGUACAUCCUCACGGAGCUAUUGAAGAACGCGUUCCGCGCGACGAUCGAGAAGGGCGCCGAGCGCGAACCCAUCGAGGUCACUAUCGCGCCACGCAAAGAGCCACAGCCGCUCGCCGGCGCCGAUUCGAAGCCCGCCCUGCACGCGACGACCAUCACCCACGCGGUGCAGGGCAACCUCGACGAGGCAUCCCAUCUGAUUGGAGCGAGUAACGAGCUGGCGGACCUGACGGGGUACGAGGCGCCUCCGUCCGCGCGGCACCUCGACGCAACAACGGCCCCGAUCCGGACGCUAUCGCCAUCCACGCCCGGGGUGACGAUCCGCAUCCGCGACCGGGGCGGAGGUAUCGCGCCAGACAAUUACGCGCGCAUCUGGAACUACAGUUUCACGACCUUCAGCGAGGACACGAUCCGCGCGGCGAUGAACGGCGCGGCUAACGGUGGCGGUUCCGGGGCAAUUUCGGCCGUAGACGCGCUGAACGCCAUCUCCGGGGCGGGCGCCGACGCGGGCACGAGCCUCGCCGGGUUGGGGUACGGGUUACCGCUAGGAAGGGCAUAUGCGGAGUACUUUGGCGGAGGGAUCGCAGUGCAGAGCAUGUGGGGAUGGGGGACGGACGUCUACCUGUCAUUGCGGGGAUUGGGAGUCGGGGAUCAAUGAUACAUUCGGGAGAACGCGACGCUCG